GGGGCGGGCACGAAGGGCUGAGUGACAGCGCGCUCGCGGGCGCCUGGGAAGGCCCCGGCUGCUGGCGGCCGGCGCAGUCGGCGCAGCUGCGGAGUCCCGACGGCGCCCGCUCGCUCCCGGUCCGCCCGCUGCGGCAAAUCGAGCGAGCUGCUUCAUCCUUCUGACGGGGAUAUUUCAGAACAACCAGGGCUGGGGACUCUGAAGGAGUCCAUAAUCGAGUCAUGUGCUUCAGGCUCUUGACAGGCAGUGAGUGCAGACUUGAUAUGGAACUGCCCUCAGCAGCCACCUCUCCACCGGAGGCCGUCCCAGAUGCCUUAGGGCCGCGGACCAGUCCCGAGGGCGCCUCCGUGGUGGUCGGCAGCUCCCGCUGGCGCAGCUGGGAACCAGCCCCCUAACCCGCCGUGUCCUGCCCAGCAGCCGCCGCGCCAUGGAGGCCCCGGAGGGUCCCGGGGGGCUGCUGAUUGACUUUGGGGCCGAGCCGCCCGCCUCUAGCCCCCUCGAGGCACUGCCGCCUGGGCUGCCGGACGGCGACGGCGCCUCGGAGAGCGAGAGCACCGAGUCGGCGGACAGCGAGGACGCGGGUGAGUCGCCCUCCCACCCGUCGUGGGACCGGUACGGCCGCGCCUCCUCCAGCGACUCCUGCUCGUCCAGCCAGAGCGGCGGCUCGGCCGCGGACACCGAGGCGCCGGAGCUGCGGGAGUUCAUGCGCCGCUACGUGGGCAAGGUCUUCUCCGGAGGGGAGGACCUAGCCCAGGAGGAGAAAGCCAAGUUUGGAGAGUACUGCAGCAGUGAGAGCGGAAAGGGCCGGGAGUGGUUUGCUCGUUACGUGAGCGCCCAGCGCUGCCACUCCAAGUGUGUCUCGGAGCCCACCUUCUACCGCCUGGUGCAGUCCUUCGCGGUUGUGCUGUUCGAGUGUCACCAGCUGGAUGACUUUGGACCUGCCAAGAGCCUCAUGACGAUGUGUUUCACCUUCUACCACAUUGGUAAACCACACCUGCUCCGCUCGGAAUCCAGGGAGAAGCCCGCAGGGGGUGUCGACUCCUACUUGAAGUCUGCCAACAGCUGGUUGGCGGAGAAGAAGGACAUUGCCGAGCGGCUCCUGAAGACCACCUCGGUGAGGACGGAGAACGUGAAGGGCUUCUUCGGGGGGCUGGAGACCAAGCUGAAGGGACCCCUGGUCAAGAAAAGCGAGGACGACGAGAGCAGACUCAAGGAGAAGCAGCCGAGGAUAGUACCUGCGUACAGCCCCGAGGAAGAAAAAAAGGGUGAGAAGAUCUACCUGUACACUCACCUGAAGCAGCAACCUAUCUGGCACACUCUGCGGUUCUGGAACGCCGCCUUUUUUGAUGCUGUCCACUGUGAGAGGAGAAAGCGGUCUCCCCCAACCAGAGGGGAUGCUGGAGAGCAGGAGGAGAAGAGGGAGAAGUGGUGUCACAUGACCCAGGAGGAGCGGGACGACAGCCUGCGGGUCGACGAGAACAUCACCUUUGGGCAGCUGGGCACGUUCACUCACAACAUGCUGGCUUUCGGCCUGAACAAGAAGCUGUGCAAUGACUUCCUGAAGAAGCAGGCCGUGAUCGGCAACCUGGACGAAGAGCAGUACAAGCUGCUUAGUGACCACAUUGAGCAAAUGGCCACGGAAUAGGCCCCCAGAGGCCACCCCGGGCCCCCCGAGGAGGACUGCAGAACUGGCUGCUCGCCCGGGACCAGCGCCUGGCUGUCACACAUGAUGACCCUGCAUGGCACCCGCCACUCCCAGAGCCCCCUCGCUGCCCAGAUCUGCAGCUAGAAGACGUCCACCGCCGUCCUCCUGCCCCACCCUGUGUCUGCUCCCCCUCCGCCUGCCAAAGCAUCCCUUGGGCCAUGUGGCUAAAACCAAGGUGACUGUCUGCGCCUGAGAGGAAGGACAGGGUAGUGUCCCCAGCUGGCCAGCAUUGUCAUCUGCUGUCCGUGCCGAGAGGAAGGGCUGGGGUGGGCCGGGGGGUUUUGGGUAAGGGCAGGCGUGAGGUGAGGGAGCUGCGGCGGCCAUACGGUGACAAGGAGGGCAGGUGCUGUCCACUGUUCUUGAAGCUCCAAGACCUUCCCUGGCCGGUGUGGGGCUUCGAGCACCCUCCUGGACCCUCAGCGUUAGCUGUCCUUGCUCUUUCCCCAAGUGUGAUGGGAGCUGGGAGCUACGGGACCACAGAGGAGGAAAGAAACACCUUCUAUGUCAGAGAGAAACGGGCACGGAGGGUGUUCUUUCCUGCCUUUAGCAAGGCCCAGCCACCAGCAGGGAUGCGUGAGUGCCUGGCUGCGGUGGAAAUGAAUCACAUCAGCCAACACGCGCCACGGUCAGCUGACAGCUGCCUUCCGGAGCAGAGAAAGCUCCGCAUGCAGCCAUUGGGAGUGGCCAUGUAUUUUCUGUCGCUUGCAAGAAGCACAGGAAAGAGAAGCUUCUUUAGCAGCUGCAAGACAACUGCCCUUUGUAAAGCCAAACAGUGCUGCUCUUCAUUUCAAAAAAAGACAGAAAUCCACAUUCAGUGUUACAUUUAUCAAAGCAGGACGGCAGGAAGGGGCGGUUUCCGGUGGCGAGGGCCCCGGGCUGGUUGGUGGAGUGGAUUCUGCAUCUCCAAGCUCUGAACAGCAGGCACCUCCACCCCCCGGCAGCCUGGCAUUCUCAAGAAGGACUUUUACCUCCUGCAGCCCAAGCCUCUUGACUUCUGUCCAUCUCACAGCCGGGGCCUGGAACAGGGCUUCUGUCCGGGGGGAAAGGGACGGCCAUCUAAUCCAGGGUCGUCCAUCGUGCUGCUCCCGACACUGCCCCACCUUCCCUCUGGUCAGUGUUUCCAGGCAGCCUGGAUUCCUCUGCCUCCUUCCCACUGCUUUCCCGUCACUGGCCAGAACUAGACCCGGGGGGCUCUCUCCUUCCGUCCUCCAUCCCCGUCUGCUUCCCCCUCAUCUUCCUCCCACACUCAGUGAAGUCGGUUACUGUUCCAUGUGUGAGCACAACCAACACCCGCCUGAGAGUCGCUUAUCCAGCUGUGCUCGGAAGGCACCUGCACGGGCUUCCUCGCGGAGCGUGCUGCGGAGGGCGCGGGCAGCGGCUGGGCCGUGGAGCGCAGGUCUCGGGCACUGGGUGGCCGUGGGAGAGAGAGGGGAGCUGAGGGACGGCGUGAUCCGGCUGCUUCUGUGGGAGACGCAGCUUCGAAAACUCUGCUCCUUUUCACUAAGGGGAGAAUGUGUGUGCGCACGUUGAUUUCUACCGACCCAGCGAUGAUACUGAACGCAGCGCUGCCGGGUCACCAUUUGCUUGCUGUGCACUGGGGCAGACCCUUGGCAGGGGCGCCCCCUCACCAAUCGUCAGGCCUGGGGACAGAGCCCGUCGCCUCUCAGUCGAUUUUAGGAAACGUGUCAAAUGGGUGGGUGUGUGGACCACUUGGGGCUCUGGCGCCUCCUUCAAGGAACUGAUUCCCUCUUAAAAUGAUUCGCCAUCACCUCUAGGCGCUUCGUGCUGACCUCCCUCCUGUGCAGAGCUGACGUUGGGGCUCUCUGUUUUGCUGUCUUCUUGUCCAGAGUUUUCUUUAUUGUAGUUACUUGAAAUGUGUUCAGACUUUGAGGUGCCCAACAGACUUAUCCUUGUAUAUAUAAGAUUUCUGUAUAGAAGUAUUGAUUUGGUCUGAUUUCUGGAAAAGAAACAGAGACUUUUCCCAGGCCUGAUAGAAAGUUCCCUGGUUCCUGCUCUGCCCCUGGGUUGGGGUUGGAUGGGUGACCGGCAGGGCCUUUGCAAGCGAGUAUAGCUUUGACUUGUUUUGACUUUUCCAAGCACUUUAAGGCCAUUUCUGACCAUCACAAAUGAUCUUGAUACUCUAUUUUUUUUUCCCAGACAGGUCCCUUGAAAUAGCAAUUUAAAGUGGAAAAAGGGGUUGUUUAAUUUCCCCCUCACUCCUUGUUUUUAUAGAUCUAGCUCCUGGAGUUGGAGUGAAUCCAACUUGGGAUCCCCAGACGGGGCGGGUGCCAGAGGGGGCUUGUGGGGCUGCUGAGCCCUCUCUUUUCUGCUGACACCUGGCUUUGGCAGAGCGUCUCCCUUAGGGGUACCCCUGGCCUGUCCACCUGGAGAAGGUGUGAUGUCCCUUGAAGGCUGACAGUUGGCCUCUCCUCGAGCACGGUCUCUUCCCUCCAAGGCCGCGGCCUGAGCACUGACAGUGGGCUCUGGUGGCGCGCUCACUUCUCAGUCGUUCCUGCAAACGGGUUUCACACCCUGCGGGACACACAAGGACACCUUGGGAGAAGAGAGCACGCUCUGUUGUAGUUCCUGCAAAGCUGAGGCGCUUUUGGCUCAGUGCAGGAGGCAUCAGAUGACAUCCAAGAAGCAGUAUCCAGUCCUGGCAGGGAGCUCUGAAGGCCUUUCAGAGCGAUGGCGUCUCACAUUUCUGCUCCCUGACCUCUGAGUGCAAACCACUGUGAGCCAAAACAGUUCAUCCUCCCAAAAGUUCCUGCUUGAGAUGCGGCUGCGUGUGAUUUUGGCCUUUGUUAUAAUUUUACAAUAUUGGUAGAUGUGUAAGAGGGGCCAUGGAUGUCAUCCUUUGUGUGUGUGUGUGACUGUGAUUGUAUGUGUGGGUGCGUGAGUGUGUGCAUCUAAACAAGAGUCGGGGAACCGAAUUCUGAUAUUGUGAGUUCUUUGUACAAUGAAAUGGAGUCGUCUGCGAUUUUCCUAUUGCCAAAAGAGAAAAAUGGGUUGAGGAGCUGGAAUUACACAGAGGAAGUUGGGAGGUGAAUCCACUCUGCCCUGUGUCGAAAUUCAAACCCUGGACGUGAAGUUAGUCCCGGGAGCGUGCCCCGGGCUUGGGAGCGGCCCAGCCUCGCAGAGCAGAGGGGCCCGGGGACCACUGGCUGCCUUUCCCUUUUUCAGUUCCUCGAGUUGAAGCCGGGUGGAUGCUGUGUGCUCGCGUGUCCCAGCCCUCUGACACGUGUGGUCCAUUCCCAGCGGAGGCAGGUGAUGGCUCUGGGAUUUGCUUUUCCGUGGACUGUUUCGUGUAGGGUAAUUUAUCCCAUGGGUAGCAUCUGGCUUACCAGAUUCCUGAUGUGAGAAUGUGCCCAGAGUUCACCUCGCAAAGGAGUUUCCAGAAGGUUCCCGUCUAACCUGGGUGACCUUCUCUCCAAGGUAAGAGCCGUAAGCUCCACACCUAACCUUCCAGGCAUCAGGCUGACCGGUUGCUGCUUUCACCAGGGGGAGACCCCAGGACUAGAUGGGCGUUAUUACCAGUUCCCUGUGGGCAGCCAAGGAGCCGAGGAGAUGCCAAGAACAGUGGGCAGCCUGGGGAAAGGGGGCUUCAAAAAAGUAGGGGUCUGUUGUUGCAGGAGAGAGAAGGAGGGGACACCCUUUCUGGGAAGGUUGCCUCCAGGACAGGAGGGGAGGAGAAGGGCGACUCUCUCAAGCAGAUGGUGGGGGUCCCUACAGACCACCUCCCAAAGCUCCAGGGCUGAUUUUUCUCGCCCCCCCUCCUCCCCCCACCCAGCCUCUUAGUUCUGCUGAAGCGUUUGUCCUGCAGCUCCGUUGUCUCACCCACUUUUCCUGGAAAUUGCUGAUUGGUUUUUAUGCUCCUUGGAGACAGGGCUCACUUGCAAAGCUUUCAGCCAAGCUUGCCCGUAAAGGGGGUUGCAUUGGCUGGAAAGGCCCCUAAUGGGCUAAUGUUCAGCGUCCAGACCUCAGGCCCAAGCACUCGCUCGCUGUGUAACUGCACGUGGGUGUUCCCGGCACGUGCUUCUGGCCCGUGGCCAGGAAUGGGACCCCCUGGCUUGUCACUCACGAGUGGACGGACAGCCUCCAGGUUGCGCGUGGCAGCAAUCUGCCCGCCACGCUGAAACCGUCUCCACCCGACGCCGCAGCUGCCGUAGCACCCUCAUCCUGCGUGUGGGCUCCCCUCACCACGUCUGGGCCCGUGUGUCCCCUGUCCUCUGGGGAACCACCUCAGGGUCCCGGGAAGGCGAGGCCCUGCAGCCUGGGGAGCUCAGAGCCCCCCUUCCACGUGCUGGCCCCCAGGUGAGUUCCUGAUUCAGCCAGACUGUGGGAACUCUGAGGAGAGAGGUGGGUAAGAGGUUCACAGCGUUCUCAGUCACCGUUGGUAGGAGAAACUCACCCCAGGAGAGAGCAGGGAUCACUGGGUUUGUCCUUCUCCCCAUCAUCUGCACACCCACACCUCCCGUGGGACGUGGGUGCAUGGUGGGAACCGGGCUCCAGGGCUGGACAAGGCAGAGUCAGAUCCGGGACCCCGACCAGGGGCUGUCUGGGCCUGCACCUGCAGGAAUGUUGCACUUGAACUGUCGCGAGAUCCCCUUGGCAGUGAACCAGAAUUGGGGCCUGGGCCUGUCCCUCCUUGUUCCUAGAUGGAUGUGCUCAUUAAAAAGAGAGAGGGGGAUGUACCCUGAGCCCCAUUUCCACACAGGAAAUGCAGGGAGGAGGGCCUGCCGCCGUGGGGGUAAAGCUUUGAAGCAGGGGUGGAAUCCUGAUUUCUCUCCUUCGCGAGAGUGUCGCCCCAAAUCUACCCCCUGGGGAGGAGCCCGGUGAGGUCAGGGGCCAAGGCUGGGGACUCACCCCUGGAGUCCUCCAGGAAGACACCUGGAGACAGAUGAGUCUAACAUCUGAACCCUACGAAGUGCUGGAAAUUCAAACAAUGUGCACGUAGCCUCUUAAAUAUGUACAGGUGCCAGAAAACGGCUGCUCUGCCACCUUGCUUAUAAAUUGAAGUUUUUAAUAAGGUUUUGCACACGUACGUUCUCUGUUUUCUUUUUCAUCUGAAUUUGUCAUGGACGUAAACUUGUCAUUGUCAUAUUCAAGCAUUGCCUCUUUAGUAGCCUAACCAUAGAGUUCAGUGACGGAGAUAUUUUAUGUGUUAACGGUUAUGCAACUCGGGUCCCACCAGGGGAUGUUCUACAAACUAUAUUUUAAGGUUGAGAAAGUUUCAAGAUUCAAGAUCUCAAAACAGUGCUAAAAUCUGUUUCCUGUGAAGAAGAAAUACAUAUGCAUAUAUAUGACACCUUGGAUUGUCAGAAGGUGGGAACUGAAAUAAAUUAUCUUUAAAGAAAAA